AUGACUCCUCCAGCACCCCGGCCGCACGACGCCCACCCAUCAGCCCCACCCGAGAUUGAUGGUCGUGUUGCGGCGGCUGCGGGACCCGGCGCAGGCCCGACCCCAAGCCAGGCUCCGCGAGCGCUCCCUCAACCCCAGUCACUGUCUCCCGGGUGCGAGGCCGCGGCUUGGACCCCGCCCCGCCCCCGCGCAACGAAUCCCCCAGCCAGCCCUGAUCCACCGGUGCCUCUCACCGCGCCCGGCCCGGCCCGGGACCACAUGACGGGGCACAACAAGGAGAAGCGUUAUGACUGCAACGUAUUUGGCAUGGCCUGCCGGAGCCCGACCCAGCGAGAAGCCCCACGGCUGCUCCACAUGCGGCAAGAGCUUUGCCUGGUUUUCGAAGCUGCGGGAGCAUCACACGUGCACACCAGUGGCCAGCCCUACGACUGCCCAUACUGUGGUGGGGCAUUUGACAGCUCGCGGGGGUUGCAACAGCACCUGCGGGCCCACGCCGGUGAGCAGCUGCUCCCACUGUGA